AUGCUCAACCAAUUCCACCCCAGCUGUCUGCGGCGGAUACUAAAGCUGGGAUUGCAGGACCGGAUCCUAGACACGGGCAUACUGGAACGGAGGGAAAUCCUCAGCACCAAAGCCCUGCACUGGCGCAGCUACCUCGUGCGGCUGGACGACGAAUGGUUGCCCAGACGAUUUUUCUGUGGAGAUGUCGUCACGGGCUCCCGCCGAAAAGGAGACCUAGUCCGACGCUACAAGGACACUCUGAAUACUUCCUUGAGACGCCUACAGAUAAAUUCGGCCAACUGGGAAGACCUCAUCCGGAACCGACCAAGCUGGCAGAGAGCAGUGAAGGCAAGCGCAGUAAUCUACGAAACCAACCGCAUCACCGCUGCCAAAGCCGUACGCGAACCUCGCAAAUGUCGACUGUCCUCACCUCGAAACGCAAACGCUCGACCGUCCCCAUUUUGCCCACGAUGCCAGUUGAUCUUCCGGGCAGCCAUCGGUCUUUUCGGACACCUUCGGACCAACUGCAGCACCCGGACGACACCAGUUGUUGUUCCCCCGUCCACCAUCGUCUCGCCCCCCACGCCGACAAUCAACACUGACCGCACUCCUGGACCCCUAACGCCAUCAUCCAUCGCCUCAAUAUCCGUUGCGGCGUCACCUAUAUCCCCCUCCCCCCACCACUGCACACAAUUCUCACACACCGACGAACAGCAACCUCACCAUCGCCAACACCAGGAAUGUGGACUCGGUCCAAACAUGUCUUCGUUGCGAUCGCAUCUCCACCUCACACGUCGCCCUGGUCGAUCACUUGCAAAUCCAUCCCACAGAGACUGGCGGACCAGUGCCUGGUGCACCCACAUACAGUCGCCGUAUCCGCCUUCACUGUCUACACUGUCCCCGCACAUUCACUUACCACAAAGAGCCUACUAG